GAUCUGAAAAUGAGCGGCAGAGGAAAGGGAGGGAAAGGUCUGGGCAAAGGAGGCGCCAAGCGCCACCGCAAAGUCCUCCGGGACAACAUCCAGGGCAUCACCAAGCCCGCCAUCCGCCGCCUGGCCCGCCGCGGCGGAGUCAAGCGCAUCUCCGGCCUCAUCUACGAGGAGACCCGCGGCGUGCUCAAGGUCUUCCUGGAGAACGUCAUCCGGGACGCCGUCACCUACACCGAGCACGCCAAGAGGAAGACCGUCACCGCCAUGGACGUGGUCUACGCUCUCAAGAGGCAGGGACGCACUCUGUACGGCUUCGGAGGCUGAACUGCUGCUGCAGUCACAACCCAAAGGCUCUUAUAAGAGCCACCCACUUCCUCUGGAGAGCAGUCCAUUUCUCACUCACUUCAUAUCAUAUGAUCUGUCACAAAUCGGCUAUAAACUGUUACACUUGGACUCUUGACGUUUUCACUGGAUAAUAAUUCUGCAGCUACAGCACACAAGCGUUUGUAUUGCUGAAUGGAUAAGCCAAGUAGUUUAUGUGUAGACUCAAAACCAUCACCUAACGCAGUGAAAACUACUCCCUUCAGUGUGUUAAAUAUUUGAGAUUGACACGUUUAAUACAGUAUGUAAGUACUAAGCAUUUAAUUUGCAUUAACAAAAAUGCCUUAACUUCAUAACAUUGCACUAUAAGGAAAUACCCAAGCUAUGAGUUGAAAAAAAUAUUGAUACGAAAC